AUGCCCCACUCAUUUGACUGGGUUUGCAAGGAUGUGGUCAAAAAGCUUCAAGGAAAAGAUCUGAAUCCUGUCAAAUGUCUGUCAGAUGCGAUGAAGUUCCGCCAGUUUGAGAUACUGCAGACAGAUCCUCAGUCACUGUUUUGGAAAUCUGAAGAUACUCCAGUUGGGUAUUCCCUUCUGCAGAUCUUAGAGCCAAAUUGUCCAGUCCCAGAGCCUGAAGUGUCAGCUCCCAUCCCCCUGAAACACAAUCUAUCCUGGAAACUAAAGGCUAACGCAGGUGUCAACGCCGCCAUUGCAGAAGGAAGUGCAUCAACCGGGUUUGGUCAGUCCUGUGGAUACGACAUCGAGGUCCGGUGUACUAGCAUCCCAGAUUCAAAACUGGAAAGUCUUCAAAACAGGAAACUGCUGGACUGGGAGCCAUCAUUUUUGAAGAAUUGCCGGAUGGGAAGGAAGGAACUGUAUGUGGUGACAGAGGCCUUUGAAGUGACCAAGGAUGCUGUGCUGGAAGACAGUAGCAGUGUAGACCUUUCAGGAAAAGUGGGCAUCCCCCAGGUUGUCAAGGGUCAAGCCCAGGGACAGUGGCAAAGGGAGAGAAUGGAUUCAGUGCCUAUCCUGAAGGGUGCAGUGGUGGCCUACAAGAAGAAGCAACUGGUCAUUGAGAAUAAUACAUGUGUCAUUCUCCUUUCUGCUAAAGCUAAGAAGAAAACCUUUCUGGGUAUGGUACCUAGGCUGCUAAGAGGUUUCGCUGCCUCAGAGGAGAGGGUCGGAUUAUGUUCUAGAGUCAUUGAGACAGUCAGGAAGAUAAAUUACAUCUCUCCAAUUGGAAGGAUAGAGGAACCCUUCCAUCUAGAUUUCAAGUGCCUACAAGAUGAGGUUUCUGAGAAAACAUGGAAACUGUCCAUGCUUUCAAAGGAUGAUCAAAAUGUUGUGUUCUCUAGCCUCCUACCCAUGCUCAGUGACAGGAAGAUUCUGUAUGACCUGAUGAACAUGCUGGAAUUGGAUCAGUUGGGGCAUAUGGAUGGCCCAGGUGGUAUGAUCCUAGAUGUUGUGCAACAGAACCCAUGGAUUGACCUAAAGAACCUCAUUCUUUAUCUCCUUCAAGCCCUAAUGGGUAAAGAGCAUCCUGCAGCCGAACUUCAAGUAUCCCUGGAACAUCCCCUUCACUCUCCAGCCUCAACUUCUUGCCCCACUCCAGGGAAUCUUCUGGAUUGGGAGCCACCAUUUGUGAAGGACUGCAGGAUGGGAAUAAAGGACCUGUAUGUGGUGACAGAGGCCUUUGAAGUGACCAAGGAUGCUGUGCUGGAAGACAGUAGCAGUGUAGACCUUUCAGGAAAAGUGGUCAUCCCCCAGGUUGUCAAG